AGCCCGCCUACGGACCAAAGGUCACAAUUGUGCGAGUUUCGUAGACGUUUAGCUACCCCGUUCGGACCACUAGCUGGGUUAGCUCGCUCCUGCUCGCUACCCUCGCACUGCCCGGCGGCGACAGGAUGUUUUUUUCACUUCAAGUGCUCUGUUUAUUGGCUUUUGCAGCAAUACGGACGACAUGUUUUGAAUGCGGGAUUAAUGUAACUGGUUAUUCCGCUGAACUCACACCCGCGUCAGUGCAUGUGCCAUCUGGAAGCUCUGUUACUCUCACGUGUCGUACGACACCACUAGUACUUCUCAUGGCCAUGAUGUGAGCGUUACAGCAGUCGUCUUCGGGGACUUUACUGCUAUGAACAGCAUCAUUUGCAGUGAGAUGAGGGAGAUUUUUGUUUUUUAGAGUAAUAUUGGGUGGAUCUGUCGUCAAUAUAAUUUGCAGCAAACCUGCUGUAGAAGGCCCUCGUGCUCCAACUGAUUAUGCUUCAUGCAAUGAUGUGAAGGUAUCAUUCUUCUCGAAUGCUGACGACAUGUUGACUAUAUAUAUUGACGGCGUUCGAAGAAACACCGAUGACUGCAAAGUUUCUGUUCUUUUGACAGACUGUGCUGAUUCUGAGAAUCGUGCCGAAAUGUCAGAACCGGUCAAUGCUGAAAAUGGUUUAGCGACUAUCACAACCAAUAUUGGAAAAUUCUCUGAGAAGAGUAUCAGCGUUGACGUUUCAGCAGAGAGUUGCGAUCUUCUUUGUGAACCCCCUCAUAAUUACUACUUCACUGCUAUAAAACCAACUGGCAAAAGGUACAUUCCAAAUGGUAGUUACAACGGGACUCUGAUUGCUGAUGCAUUUAGUGAGGCGGCUAUUGACUGCAACUUCAGAGGAAAUGUACUUGAGUACACAAUUUGUGUACAAUCAGGAGGAUCAAUUGACUGCUUUGAUAAUCCAUGUCUUAGCGAUAAAGUUUUCCCAGCAAGUGCUUGGCAGUAGUAGAGCAAUGCCAUUGAAGUUGACAAAGCUGGAAAUGGAACAAUUGUCUCAAUAUUCUGCCCUAAGAGGAAUUGUGGAGACCUUUAUUAUAGCAGUGUGGCAUUUAACUUUGUAAUAUUGACAUGUGAUGAGAAUGCUGAGUUCAAAGGAGGGGAAUGUAUAUGCAAUGGGAAUACACUGGAGAUGGAAUAACUUGUACACCCUCUUAGAAUAAUCAUGGCUCUACACUUGGAAGCCAUGUGAUUGUCGUCUUAUUUGGCUUCUUACUUUCAUUGUGGGCUAUUGGACUCUGAGGAAAAGUUCAUGAAGUGUCAUAAAUGGACAGGGAAAGAUACAAUUUUUGGCCCUCAUUAUAGUGUAUGAAUCAUCAUUUUUACUACAUGUCACUAAAGUGCAAACACUC